CUUAACAAGACAAAAUGGAAACGAGUCUCCCAAGACUUAGUCGAUUUUCUAAUUUAGUUAGAAACGUUAUCAAGUCUCCUCACAUCUUUAAGAGAGAUGAUGACAGUAGCCGAACUGAAACGAGCGAAGAACCUAAAAUUCGUUAUGAGAAUACAUACAGAAUGGCACCGGAUGACACUAUCGCAACCACAAUUGUCAAUAGUAUCAUGAACAAUACCAUAUUGGAGGUGGUUGUCGGAGAGGAGGAAGAUUUCUUAGAUAAAGAGGGGCGUGGUUUUCUCUGCACGCGACUGAGUGAUGCCAUAAGACAACGAAUCAAAGCGGAGUAUUUUAACAGUCGAUUUAGAAUAAUAGUGCACGUGACUAUUGUUCAAGAAAAUGCUACAAUUUCUGUUGGAAGUAGAUGUUUAUGGAAUAACUCUACAGACACACACACAUCUGUGACUGUGCCACUUGGGGAUAGUGUGAUCGUGGCAACUUGCUACAUGUUAUACCUUGAGUAACAACAACAAUAUCAUAGCAGUUUGUAGACUAGUUUGUAUAAUGUGUUGCAUAUCAUAAUAAUAAUAUCAUGUUAUACAAAAUUCUUGACUGCAUGAGUCAAGGCAAAGAUAACACAAUACGAAUUUAAGAUAUAUAUUGAGUAAGUAAAGUAUUUUGUUGAAGGAAGUUACUUUUGUCAUUUGUUUACGAUACAGUUGUACAAUUAUUGAUGCAUA